AUGGUGAGAAAUUCAAUCGCGUACUAUCGGAGGGACGAGAACCCGGUGAGCAUGUACGGCGCACCGUUCUUGGCCACGAUCGUGACGUUAGUGUUCAUAGCGUUAUCGUAUUUCGGAUCAUCCAGCUCUUCUUCUUCUUCUUCUUCUUCUUCGAUGAGUGCUGCGAAGGAUUACGCCGCUGCCACAAGUCGAGAAAGAACGACGACAAAUCCGACGACGACGACGAAAAUCGAAGAAGACGAGGAUUUAGCGACGACGAGAAAGUAUUCUUUGACGUUACCGAGACGCAUGCACUUGCCAAACUUCUUCUCGAACCUCGGGAACGAGCAACAGCUCGAGCAGCAGCAAAGUUCAAUCCCUUCACUUCCCUCCGGGUCGAAACGGUUCCAAGUGUCCACCAACGAUUUACUCUUAGACGAUAAAGUGUUCGACGACCAAGAGAAGAAUCCGUUAGUCGGGUUCGCGUGUUCGUUCGAUCGCAUUCCAGGCGCGCAGACGCAGACGUACCACGUGAAAUCAUUCACACCAAAAUUGUCCAACCCGGAGGCGACGCACCACGUGACGGUGUUCGCGUGCAACGCGCAACGCAUGCACAAAAAGUUUGGAACGACUAAAGGUACCUUUUACGGCGCGAACGAGUGCGGGACGUGGCCGUUUUACGGCGAACCGGAUUCACCGUGUUUAGAAGUCGCGUGGGCGUACGAUAAAGGCGCCGGUACGUUUUCGUACCCGACCGGGUUCGGUUACAAAGUUGGUAAAGGUACCGCGUUUGACGUGUUAUUGACGCAAGUGCAUUACUUGUACCCGAAAAACAAACCCGUGAAGAUGUGGAACGACGAUACCGGGGCAAUCAUGCAGUUAGAUCCGUAUCGACCGUCGGUUGUCGACGCCGGCGUGUUGACGAUUAUGAAAACGAGCAUGGUGUUGAAACCCGGUCAAGACGAAACUGUGGUGCAUUACUCCGUAGGUCCGGAAAAUCAAGUGUACGCGCACCAUUUGAAAGAUGAUUUCGCGAACGGAGAAGAGGAGAACUUUGGCGUGACGUUGUUAGCCGCGCAUUUACACGCGCACGAUUUGGCCAAGAAGUUUAAACUUUCCGUAGAAUCGCCCUCUGGACAUAGAAACGUCGUCAAAUACAUCGAGAACUAUGGUGGUUACGGAAAAGACCAAGACUUUUUCGUCUUGGCGAACCGGGCGAGAGUACGUCGCGAGGACAGAAUUGUCAUCGAGUGCACGUUUGAUACGUCAAAAAUUACGCAGCAGGUGAAAUACGGGACCAAUCACGACGAGGAGAUGUGCGGACCGAUUUUGAUGUAUUAUCCGAAGAAGGUGACGUCUUCGGAUUUAGACCAAAGCGGGUAUUUUAGCGGCAUUCAAAUGAAUUCAGUCAUGGUUUAA